AUGCUCCAACGAAAUCUUCAGUUAGUCGUAAAAGAGCAAAAAACACUAAGAUCGGUAGCGAACGCGUCAAUAGAAUCAGAUAAAGAGAAUUCAGAGGAAGAAGAAGAUUUUGCAAACACAAAAGCAAGAACUGUCACCAUCAUUUGA